AUGUGGCACCAACAACCAUUUGAGAAGUCUGUCGUGGAGUCGAGAAUAAGCGGAGUGUUAUAUCCAACGAUGUUAGAGUCGCCUGAACUCUGGUGGUCAUUCAUUCGGAAGAUAUACUCUAUCGUCGCCAUACAGUUACUUCUUACCAUCAUUGUCGGUGCCGUCAUUGUCUCUUAUCAUCCCAUUGUCACUUUCAUGACAAUAACCACCGGUGGAUUGGUUUGUUAUAUUGUUCUGAUCAUCGCACCAUUCAUAACCCUGUGCCCAUUGUACUAUUAUCAUCAGCAUCAUCCGAUCAACUAUCUGCAUCUUGCGAUCUUCACUCUGACUCUUGCUUUCGCAAUCGGUUGACAUGCGUAUUCACUAGCUGAAACAACGAAGUAGCAACGGAGGGAAGCAGCGAUCCUCAGGGGUGUUUGGUUGUUUCUGAUCAACAUGAGGAAGGGUGGAGGAGGGUUGUCCACAUUUCGUCUUCUGGCUGCUCCGGUGACUAAAACGGAGAACCCGUUUCUUGAUUUUGUGAAUGAUUUCAUUGGGUUGCUAAUCGAUUUCAUGUCUGUUACUCAGGCUCAAAUUCUUGGAGAACUUUUAGGGAGGAAGAGAAAGAUAGAGAAAGAUAGGAUGGGGAUCGGAGUGUAACUUACCAGAGGAACCGGUGAUAGAAUUUGGUGGUGACAAACGGUGAGGAAUGAUGCGAUGGUGGGG